ACUGUCAGUUGUGUUCCUCAUUCUCGUCAACAUCGGCUGUUGCAGACUGACUAUAAGCGAUUAGCAGUUUACGGUACUUUGAGAUCUCAGUCAAUGUACGGAACUAUGUAAUAUAAAUAAGUAUUGUUCUCCCUAACAGAACACCAUAUAUCACAGCGUAAAGUUCACUGCCUUGCACUUUGGUAACUGUGUCGGUGAUGGUAAGGCAGACUGAGUAAGCUACUUUGGGUAACCUACACCUAAAUAGGUUAGUUGUUUUUAACGAUUUUUAUUGCGAAGUUUCCUCUUCCCAAUGUUCACCUAUCAUUGUGUGUGAAAAAGCUUUGUUGUUGGAAGCAUCCAGGACAGCGCUUUCUUUCAUGGAGAGGUAGGGCUGAUGCUGCCAAUCUGUGAAACUGAUCGGACUUGUUGCGCGAAAAACACGUCCCUCAGGAAUGCAUAGUAUUUUGGGUAAACUCGUUAUCAAAACCAAUUUACAUUUAAGUCUGCGCGUGUCAGUGGUGUUUUGAUUUCCCAACAGGGCACAUUUCCGAUUGUCUAUAGUGGGUGUUCCCCACCCAAUCCUUUGAUUCUAUACCAGAUAGUAGGAUAUACAAGUCAAGUCGACUUCGUGGACACUGGAGAGCGAACAUGAGAUUGGAUGUGAUGGACUUUCGGCAUAAUUAAGGACAUUUAAGUAAUUAACCUACCCGACUGCCGGACCGGGGACGCUCUAACGGACUAACGGAAUAGCCCGAGGCCAGAUGAGCUGGAGUCCGGUUCCGUGAUUUAAUGUUUUUGGAAAGGCGCAGCAGACCCCUCAAUACCCGGGCACUUCUGUAAAUAAAUGGCACCCAUAAAAAAACAACGACCAACGCAGACUUACUCCGAGGCAAUACGUACAAUUUUGUGAUUUCCUAACCUGAAACUUGAACUUGGGCUUCUGUUGAGAAGAUGUCGGAGCAAGAGCAUUAUGGGGACGGUCUGUGCGAUGAUGGAGCUCCUGAGAUCAUCCCGCCGAGAGCGUCCAGGACGGGGAGGCGGAGCGGAGUCAUCCUCCCCGGCCAGGACAAUGAUACCAUCAUCCUGGAGGCAGUGAGGGCGGCCCCCCGCAGGAGCAGCAUCAUCAAGGAUCCUUCAAUGCACAAGUUGGCCGGCGGGCGCAAGAAGACAGUGUCCUUCAGUAGCAUACCCUCAGAGAAGAAGGUGAGCAGCGCGGCCGACUGCCUGGCCUUCAUGCAGGGGGGCUGUGAGCUGAAGAAGGUGCGUCCCAACUCCCGGAUCUACAGUCGUUUCUACACCCUGGACCAGGACCUCAGCUGCCUGCGCUGGGAGCCCUCUAAGAAGGAUGGGGAGCGUGCCCGCCUGGACAUAGCCACUAUCAGGGAGGUUAGGACGGGGAAGAGCACUGAGACCUUCCUCCAUAACGGACCUGCUGCAGAACACCUGGCUGAGGAGGCAGCCUUCUCUAUUAUCCACGGGGAUGACUACCAGUCUCUGGACCUGGUGGCUCUUUCAGCUGACGUGGCCAACAUCUGGGUGACAGGGCUCCGUUACCUGGUGUCCCACCCCUCUGCCAUCGGGCAUGGAGGUGGGGCAGGCGGGGGAGGAGGUCUGGGAGAAGGGAGCAUCAUAGGGGAGGGUAGCCUCGGCAGUAAAAUGAGGAGUGAAUGGCUGGCCACAGAGUUUGCCGAGGUGGAUGAAGACGGGUAUGGGAUCGUCGCAGAGGAUACGGCCGUGGCAACCAUCUGUAAGCUGUGUCCUGGCAUCAAGGAGGCUAAGGUGCGUCUGAGGUUCAAGGAGAUCCAGCACAGCAAAGAGAAGCUGACGUCUCACGUGACACGCGAGGAGUUCCAGGAGGCCUUCUGUGAACUCUGCACGCGUCCAGAUGUCUAUUUCCUAUUGGUCCAGCUCUCUAAGGAUCGCGAGUGUCUGGACGCCCAGGACCUUCGUCUCUUUCUGGAGACGGAGCAGGGCCUGUCCCUGGCCACAGCUGAGGGCUGUUUGGAGCUGGUCCUACGCUUUGAGCCCUCCAGACCAGGCCGAGAGAGAGGCUUGCUGGGGCUUGACGGCUUCGCCCGUUACCUGCAGUCUCCAGAGUGCCAGCUGUUUGACGUGGAGCACCAGGGAGUGUGUCAGGAUAUGGGCCUGCCCCUGUCCCACUACUACAUCAGUACUUCCUAUCGGUCCUAUCUCCUGGAUGACCAGGUCCAUGGGAGGGCUGAUCUAGGGGGUUUGACCAGGGCUCUGCAGGCCGGGUGUCGUUGCCUGGAGCUGGGGGUGACAGACGGCCCAGAGGGGGAGCCUCUCCUGGGGGUAGACUAUGGUCCUGAUGCCCACCGCCACCACCACCAUCACCACCACGCCCCUGUCACCAUCCGCAGUGCUCUGGAGGUGGUGAAUAAGUACGCCUUCCUGACCUCGCCCUACCCGCUUCUGCUCUACCUGUGCCAGCGCUGUUCCCCCUCCCAGCAGCGUACCUUGGCCCAGCACCUGAGGAAGGUGUUCUCUACACGUCUCUACACCCCUGAGGCCCUGCCGGUCAGCCCGGUGGGGCGAGCCACCACCCUGCCCUCCCCUGAGCAGCUGAAGGGCCGGGUGCUGCUGGUGGGGAAGAAGCUACCCCCUGAAGAGGAGGGAUCCGAGGGAGAGGUAUCAGAGGAGGAUGAGGAGAUAGGGGGAGGCGGACCCUUGGCUGGCCGGCGAAUGACCAUCCCCGGAGAGGAGGAACUGGGUGUGGUUUUAGUGGUACCCCCGCCCCCUCAGCCCAGGAGACUCCGCCUCCAACGCGAGCUCUCAGAUCUGGUGAGCGUGGCAAGAACUGGAAGCCGUAGCUUCUACAACCACCGAGAAAUAAGGAAACAAGGACAGCAGCACUCCCCACCCAGCACCCCCUCAACACCGGGCACGCCCUUACUCCCUGAUUCGGCCUAUUGGACUCUGUGCUCCCUGGGGGAAGGAGAAGCGGGCCGGCUGGCCAGUGAGAGCCCAGAGGACCUAGUAGGCUUCACCAAGCGUACCCUGACCCGUGUCCGGCCCAGCUCCGUCCGCCUGGACUCCUCCAACCCCAACCCCCAGGGGUACUGGAAGGGCGGGGUCCAGCUGGUGGCCCUCAACCAGCAGACCCCCGGGGCCAUGCUGGACCUCCACAGGGGACGCUUCAUCCAGAACGGGGGCUGUGGCUUCGUGCUGCGCCCGGGGGUCAUGAGAGACGAGGUUUCCUACUUCAGUGCCGUGACCCAGGGGUGUGUGCCCGGCGUGCCACCUCAGACCCUCAGGGUGAAGGUGAUCAGCGCUCACAACCUGCCCAAGCCGCAGGGAGCUGGGGCCAAAGGAGAGGUUAUAGAUCCCUACGUGGUUCUGGAGCUACAUGGGGUACCAGCGGACUGCGCUGAGCAACGGACCCGGACCGCAGCACAGAACCAGGAUGGCCCACUGUUUGAUGAGACCUUUGAGUUUCAGGUGAACAUGCCAGAGUUGGCGCUCCUCCGCUUCGUGGUAUUGGACGACGACUACAUUGGAGACGACUUCAUUGGCCAGUACAGCGUGGCCUUCGAGUGCCUUCAGCCGGGCUACCGUAACGUGCCCCUGAUGGGUCUGGAGGGAGACCCCUUGCCCCACGCUAGCCUGUUCGUCCAUGUAGCCGUGACCAACCGACGAGGGGGGGGCAAGGCCCAGAGGAGGGGUCUGUCUGUGCGGAGAGGGGUGUGGCGGGGGCGAGAGUACGUGACCCUACGGAACACGGGUAUUAAAGCUCUGGAUGAUACGUUCCGUCCCGCUAACACCCAUCUCAGAGAGGCCACAGACCUGCGGGAGGACGCACAGAGUGCAAGUGUGAGUUUCAAAGAGCAGUGUGGACUCCCCCCGGUGGCAAAGCUGAAGCAGUGCAUCCAGAGCCUGGCCACACGGUUGCAGACCCCAGAAGGGCCCCCGGGGGCCAGCAUGACCCUGAGGGAUGGCUACCCCCACCUGGAGGCCCUGGGCAGCAUCACAGAGGUCACGCGCAAACUACUGAAUCACUAUGAUACGAUGAUCUCGGCCAAGAAGCAGCUGAUCGAGAAUGCAGACGCUGUGCAGGAGAGGAUGGCCCAGGUGCAGAGAGAAGGAAUGGAGUUCCACGAGGAGCUGCCCAGGCUGGGAGAGAAGGAGGGGCUGAAGGGACACAAGCAGAGUAAAGCCCUGGAGAGUUUCACCUGGAAUAUUACUGUACUGAAGGGUCAGUGUGAUCUCCUGCGCAGUGCCAAGGUAGACUCUCUGGAUGCUCUGAGACAGUUGGCCCUGGCCUGUGAAGCCUGUGGCCUCACCUCCACGACCUCCUCCUGCACCUCUUUUGGUCCCUCUGAUCUCUUCUACACCUCCCACAGCAGGAGGGGCAACUCCCAGGAGAGGAGAGGAAGCACCCAGGAGAGGAGGGUGAAUACCCAUGGCAACGGACGAAUAUGACACCCCCAACCUACCAGUGAGAGGGAAGGGGGAUAGAGGGAUCGAGUGGAUGAGAUGGUGACAACCCCUCAAAUCCCAAACUGUCAGAGAAAGGGAGGGUGGGGAGAGAGAGAGAUGGCGAAAGAGAGCAGAGUUGGAAGGGUCUAGAGUAGAGCCCAGAGCCUAUACCUUUAUCCAGAGUAGUAAGACUAGUGAAGAAUCGUUGCAGUAAUUUGACGGCUUACUUUGUGUUCAUCCGUGGAAAUACUUUUGUGCUUAUUUAAGUCGGACACUUGAAUAUAACGCUCCUACAAUUUACUUCAAUGUUUUUUUCUCCCUAAAAAGGGAGUUGUGAUUGUGAAAACACGUUGAUCUUAGGUAAGAAACCUUUGCUGUGGAGAGGACGAGUGAAGAGUCUCUGUCCUUCUGAACCCACCUAAUUGAUCCCUCGGGAGGAUGUGAUGUCACGCUGUUGAUGCCUUGAGGGCCCGUCUCACCAUGGAUACCACAGGGGGUUGAGUGACAGGUGACCCUCCCAGUGUCCCACCGACACAGCUACUGUUACACCCAGCCCCUCUCUCCUUCCUUACCCCUCUUUAUCUCCUUCACCCAGAACCCUCGGUACAUGGAGUGUUUUGAAUGUCUAGCCUGUCUUGCGUACCCCUCUCAUCUUCCCUGAGAGACCCCGCCAGGUAUCCUUUCCUGAGAAGAUGGGAGGAGGCAGAUGUGUUGGUAGUUUUACAUGAGAUGGCUUAACCCUGCUUCAGGCUACUAUGUCCUACCUGAGACCAUCCACAGGUGUCAGAUGGCUAGGGGCUAACAGUGUCACAGUAUCACAACAUCACAGUAAGGUCUGGAAGACAACCUGAAGACAACCUGAAAUAAGAGGACCUGUUGGGUGUGAUUGAUUGAUUGAUUAUUUGAUUGUGUUUAAAAGGCUUCAUUGAUUAGUUGGGCAGCAGGUAGCCUAGUGGUUAGAGCGUUAGGGCAGUAACCAAACGGUUGCUUGUUCGAAUUGAAUUCCUGAGCUGACAAGAUGGAAAAAAUCUGCUGUUCUGCCCUUGAGCAAGGCAGUUAACCCCCACAACAACUGCUCCCCGGGCGCCGAAGACGUGGAUGUCGAUUAAGGCAGCCCCUCACACCUUUCUGAUUCAGAGGGGUUGGGUUAAAUGCAGAAGGCACAUUUUGGUUGAAUGCAUUCAGUUGUGCAACUGACUAGGUAUCCCCCUUUCCCCUUUGAUUGAUAGAUGAGUAUUACCCUACACAAGGAUGUGGUUGGCAUGGCUGUGUUGCUAUGAGGGAGGGGGCCCUCUCUCUGUGUAUUGACUGAAAGUAUGUGCUGGGUUUGUCCCAGCUUAAAAACUCACUCAGCAACAGUAAAGGACUCUGACAAAGAACUACAAAAAUGGCGCGACUAGAUGCUACUACAUCCUUGGUGUGCUUAUGCUGCUUGUGAUGGUCGACUGUGGGACAUGGAUGCCAUUGUUUUUCCAAUGUUAGAUUUGUGCUAUUAAGGUAGGUAAAUACGUCGUGUAAUUUAUAUUUUACUGUGUCAUAGAACCCUUUCUCUACCAGUGGUGGCUGGUAUCACUUUAAAUCGGAGGAUGGGACCACCAGCCUCCACUGCUCUCUACCUUUCCUACCACCUGUGAUCCAAACACAGCAAGAGGCAGAGGCCCCCAACACAACAAUACUACACCCAGCACUGAGAGAGCACUAUAGGGGCCUGGCAUCAAAGAGACACAGACAGUAAAGAUAAUAGAGGAUCUUACAAUAAGGGACAUUUUCAUCACAAGAUGAGAAUGGGUUGAAUGGAAAGUAUUCCCCCAGGGCCCCCAGCAGAGCACAGGGUCUUCUGGGGCUCUGAGGUAAACGCACCUACCGUCUGUCAUUCUACAGUCUGAACAGCCAUUUCAACACACCCAGCAGUAAAGUUGGAGGAACAUUUAAAUUCGGCAUAGAAAGGAUAAUACCUGACAUAGGUUCUUUGAUGCAUGCAGUGGACAACCCAUGUUGACCUGCCUCUCUCCUUCUCUUGGAUGGAUGGAUUCAUUAUCAUCUGUUGCCUCCUUCACCAGCCCACCUUCACACAUCUCUCUUAAAGGCGCUGCAUGGUCAAUCCGACGUCUGCAUUGACCAUGCAGCGUUGACAGUGAUAUGGCCUCUGCAGAAGUCAGAGCCAAUUUAGGCUUGAUCCGAAAAUGUGGUUGGAGGCUUCGUAUGGAGGGUGUGACGCAAUCACAUAGCCUCCAGAGGCACGUAGAGGCCAAAUCAAGCUCCGUAACGCAUCGCCGUGCACCUCUCAAAUGUUGUAACAGUGAGGAGGGCUCCGUAUACUGUAGCUCCGCAUUGACAUGAUUGAUUGAUGGUAGGUGAGGACGGGAGGUCCUGCAGAAACACAAACUCACUUCCUUGACAACUUCCUCCACAACAGCUCUGCGCUGCUCGGCGAAGUGCAACAAGUAUGAAUGACCUAACUCCUGCAAAGGCCAUAUCAAGGUAAAUGCUGCACGGCCAAUCAGACGUCGGAAUGACAAUGCAGCACCUUUCAGGUCAUUCAUACUUGUUGCACAUUGCCGAGCAGCGCAGUGCUGUUGUGGAGGAAGUUGUCAAGGAAGUUUGUGUUUCUGCAGGACCUCCCGUCCUCACCUACCAUCAACCAGAUAUAGAUAUACGGAGCCCUCCUCACUGUUACAACAUUUGACAGGCGCACAGCAAUGAGGAAGGUCGCUAUACUAUAGCUCAAUAUACUCAACUGGCGUGUUGAUGUUUUGUUGCAGUAUUGAAAAAUAAAAACAUGAAAUAAAUCCUCUAAUCCAACGGCACUCUGGUCCAACACCACAGUGCUUUAAUUUACUAUACUGUAGUUACUCUCUUUAACCCGCGUCUGUCUUAAACCUUAAACCUACCUGCCCUCCACGCUCUAUGUGGUGUUUGACUUUACAGUCCUUACAGCGAUGUGUUUAGGUUAUGUCUUCUUCCCAAAUGGCACCCUAUUCCCUACAUAGUGCACUACUUUAGUAGUGCAUUACUUUAGUAGUGCACUAUAUAGGGAAUAGGGUGCCAUUUGGUAUACACUCUGUAUCUAUCUGUGUAUGCUAUCUUCUCUGACCGACCUCUCUGACCGACCCUUCAAACAAAUCUUUGUUUCGUUCUGUCUGCGUACGCUCAUGUUUUUGUAAAAACAAAUAUACAAAAAGAAGAGUAUUUAUUAAAGGUGGUGACGAGUGUGUUUUGAAACCAAUGCAUAUUAUAUUAAAUGGACGUUGCUUUUAUUUUGAAAAGCUAGUUUGUUUUCUAUCUGAUUAACCAAAUGUAACAGUUGUACCCUUAAAUGACUAAAUAAAACUAUUUUAUUGACCAUUUAA